CGCCGCGCGGGGUGCGGACUGGCCCACGCGCUCCUGCUUCGGCCCCUCGCAGUCCGCAGCCGCCGCUCGUCUCCCACCUGUUGGCUCAGCGCGUCCCGCGGCGCGGCGCGGCGGUUCUCUGCAGCGCGCCCCCCCCUUCCGCCUGCGGGUCCGCCGGGCGGGGAGAAGGGCGGCACCGGCCCCCAACGGGACCCCACGUCGCACCGCUGAGCCGUCGCGGGGCGAGAUGAGCGCGGACGCGGCGGCCGGGGCGCCCCUGCCCCGGCUCUGCUGUCUGGAGAAGGGCCCGAACGGCUACGGCUUCCACCUGCACGGGGAGAAGGGCAAGGUGGGCCAGUUCAUCCGGCUGGUGGAGCCCGGUUCUCCGGCCGAGAAGGCGGGGCUGCUGGCCGGAGACCGGCUGGUGGAGGUGAACGGCGAGAACGUAGAGAAGGAGACCCAUCAGCAGGUGGUGAGCCGCAUCCGCGCCGCGCUCAACGCCGUGCGCCUGCUGGUGGUCGACCCCGACGCGGACGAGCGGCUGCAGAAGCUGGGCGUCCCGGUGCGGGAGGAGCUGCUGCGCGCCCAGGACGGGCCCGGGCAGGCCGAGCCGCCGGCCGCCACCGAGGCGCGGGGGGCUGGCGCCGAAAGCGAGCCGCAGGCCGCCGCGCCCGAGCCGCGCGAAACCGAGAGGAGCGGUCCCGAGCGGCGUGAGCUCCGGCCUCGGUUCUGCGCCAUGAAGAAAGGCGCCAACGGCUACGGUUUCAACUUGCACAGCGACAAGUCCAAGCCAGGCCAGUUCAUCCGGGCAGUGGACCCAGACUCACCUGCUGAGGCCUCGGGGCUCCGGGCUCAGGACCGCAUUGUGGAGGUGAAUGGGGUCUGCGUGGAGGGCAAGCAGCAUGGGGAUGUGGUAUCUGCCAUCAAGGCUGGUGGGGACGAGACCAAGCUGCUGGUGGUAGACAAGGAGACUGAUGAGUUCUUCAAGAAAUGCAAAGUGAUCCCGUCUCAGGAGCACCUGACUGGUCCCUUGCCUGAGCCCUUUACCAAUGGGGAGAUCCGGAAGGAGAACAGUCGUGAACCUCUGGCCGAGGCAGCCUCUGAGAGCCCCAGAUCAGCCCUGGCAAGAUCCACCUCCAGUGAUACCAGUGAGGAGCUGAAUUCCCAAGACAGCCCCAGGAAACAGGACUCCACGGCACCCUCGUCUACCUCCUCCUCCUCUGACCCCAUCUUGGACUUCAACAUCUCCCUGGCCGUGGCCAAAGAGCGGGCCCACCAGAAGCGCAGCAGCAAGCGGGCCCCGCAGAUGGACUGGAGCAAGAAAAACGAACUCUUCAGCAACCUCUGAGCAUCCUCCCACAGGCUCCCAGGAGAGCUGGGAGGGCCGGCCAGCCCCCAGGCCCCACCACCCUCGGACCCAUCUCCCUCAGUUCCCUCGUCUUCCUCCCCACUCACUUGUCCCACCCCCUACCCCCCCCCCAAUCGACAUACAAAUCAGCACCAGCAUCCCCCUCUAUCCGUGAAUGAUUUUUCUAGAGAACUGUGCUCUUCCCUUACCUCGGGGAAGGUGAAUGGGUUUCCAUUCUGCCCCAGUCAGGAAGCAGACUCCCCCUGUUCCUACUGAGUGCUUCAGCCCCUCGCCACUCCCCUGGGAGAUCACUGGAACCCACACCAAGCAAGGAUGGAGGGACCAAGCAAGAGUCCUACACCCUCAUGACCCCAAGUGAUGACUGAGUCCAGGGUUGACUGAGGACUCCUGAUGACAGCAACAACAUUGUGGAAGGAACAGGGGUCUGUCAUCCUUAGAGCUGUGGCUUGGGCAUCUUAUUUUUGUUCAUUUGAUUUUGAGUGCAGUAUCAGAGUUUAGAGGGAUUUUUUUGUCUCCUUGAUUAAUAUGAUUUUCCAGGUUGUUGCAUCCAGGAUAUAGUGGCAACAGCCUUAAACUUUGUGUCUGCUCCUACCCCAGAGCCCCUGGGGCAUGGGGAGGGUCUGGCCACCCCUGCCCAGCCCCACUGUCAAGGAAACUCCAUCAGAAAUUCAACUGGCUUCCAAACUG